GGAAACUGUUUAACCGGAUCCCAUUGUAUCCGGAGCACAGAGCCGUCUUUCCAGCAUGCAGGGGCUGCUCAGAGUUUAGUCAUAUCCAGAAAGAGCACAGAGUUUAGCCAUGGCUCCCAGGAAGAGAAGUGGACGGGGGAUUUCAUUCAUCUUUUGCUGUUUCCGAAAUAAUGACCACCCAGAAAUCACGUAUCGACUGCGAAAUGAUAGCAAUUUUGCGCUUCAGACCAUGGAGCCAGCAUUGCCCAUGCCCCCUGUGGAGGAGCUGGAUGUCAUGUUCAGCGAACUUGUGGAUGAACUUGACCUCACAGACAAACACAGGGAAGCCAUGUUUGCACUUCCAGCUGAGAAAAAGUGGCAAAUAUACUGUAGCAAGAAAAAGGACCAGGAAGAAAACAAGGGAGCUACAAGUUGGCCUGAAUUCUACAUUGAUCAGCUCAAUUCCAUGGCUGCUAGAAAAUCCCUGCUGGCUUUAGAGAAGGAAGAAGAAGAAGAGAGAAGUAAAACUAUAGAAAGCUUAAAGACAGCACUAAGGACAAAACCAAUGAGGUUUGUAACCAGAUUCAUCGACUUGGAUGGCUUGUCAUGUAUUCUCAACUUUCUAAAGACCAUGGACUAUGAGACCUCUGAGUCUCGAAUACAUACCUCUCUCAUUGGAUGUAUAAAGGCACUAAUGAACAACUCUCAAGGUCGGGCUCACGUCCUGGCUCACUCUGAGAGUAUUAAUGUAAUUGCUCAGAGUCUGAGCACAGAGAACAUUAAGACAAAGGUGGCCGUGCUGGAAAUCUUGGGCGCCGUGUGCCUGGUUCCUGGGGGCCAYAAGAAGGUUCUACAGGCCAUGCUGCACUACCAGAAGUAUGCCAGCGAGAGGACCCGCUUUCAGACCUUAAUUAAUGACUUGGAUAAAAGCACCGGGCGGUAUCGGGAUGAAGUGAGUCUCAAGACUGCCAUCAUGUCCUUCAUUAACGCAGUGCUAAGCCAAGGCGCAGGAGUGGAGAGUUUGGACUUUAGACUUCAUCUUCGCUAUGAAUUUCUGAUGUUAGGAAUUCAACCUGUAAUAGAUAAAUUAAGGGAACAUGAAAAUUCAACAUUAGAUAGGCAUUUAGACUUUUUCGAAAUGCUCCGAAAUGAAGAUGAACUAGAAUUUGCCAAAAGAUUUGAACUGGUUCACAUAGACACAAAAAGUGCAACUCAGAUGUUUGAGCUGACCAGGAAGAGGCUGACUCACAGUGAAGCUUACCCUCACUUCAUGUCCAUCCUUCACCACUGCCUCCAGAUGCCUUACAAGAGGAGUGGUAACACUGUUCAGUACUGGCUACUGCUGGACAGAAUCAUACAGCAGAUAGUAAUCCAAAAUGACAAAGGACAGGACCCCGACUCCACACCUCUGGAAAACUUUAAUAUUAAGAAUGUCGUACGAAUGUUGGUUAAUGAAAAUGAAGUUAAGCAGUGGAAAGAACAAGCAGAAAAAAUGAGAAAAGAGCACAAUGAACUGCAACAGAAAUUGGAAAAGAAAGAGAGAGAAUGUGAUGCUAAGACCCAAGAGAAGGAAGAAAUGAUGCAGACCUUAAAUAAAAUGAAAGAGAAACUUGAAAAGGAGACUACUGAGCAUAAGCAAGUCAAGCAGCAGGUGGCGGACCUCACAGCACAGCUCCAUGAGCUCAGCAGGAGGGCCGUCUGUGCUUCAGUCCCAGGAGGACCCUCGCCUGGAGCACCAGGGGGGCCCUUUCCUUCCUCAGUGCCUGGGUCCCUCCUUCCUCCCCCACCACCCCCACCCCUGCCUGGAGUGCUACCUCCUCCACCACCUCCCCUCCCCCCAGGAGGCCCUCCCCCUCCCCCAGGGCCACCUCCUUUAGGGGGAGUCUUGCCACCUCCUGGUGCGCCAAUGGGACUGGCACUCAAGAAGAAAAACAUUCCUCAGCCUACAAAUGCCCUGAAGUCCUUCAACUGGUUGAAGCUGCCUGAGAACAAACUGGAAGGAACGGUAUGGACCGAAAUUGAUGACACAAAAGUCUUCAAGAUUCUAGAUCUCGAAGACCUGGAAAGAACUUUCUCUGCCUAUCAAAGACAGCAGAAAGAAACAGAUGCCACCGAUGACACACUGAGUUCCAAAAUGAAAGUCAAAGAGCUUUCAGUGAUUGAUGGUCGGAGGGCUCAGAAUUGCAACAUCCUGCUGUCAAGGUUGAAAUUAUCCAAUGAUGAAAUCAAACGGGCAAUUCUAACAAUGGAUGAACAAGAAGAUCUGCCCAAGGACAUGUUGGAACAGCUUUUGAAAUUUGUUCCUGAAAAAAGUGAUAUUGACCUGUUGGAGGAACAUAAGCAUGAAUUGGAUCGGAUGGCCAAGGCUGAUCGAUUUCUGUUUGAGAUGAGCCGAAUCAAUCAUUACCAGCAAAGACUACAAUCGCUGUACUUCAAAAAGAAGUUUGCAGAGCGCGUGGCAGAAGUGAAACCCAAAGUAGAAGCAAUUCGUUCUGGCUCAGAAGAAGUAUUCAGGAGUGGCGCCCUCAAGCAGUUGCUGGAGGUGGUUUUGGCAUUUGGAAAUUACAUGAAUAAAGGCCAAAGAGGCAAUGCCUAUGGAUUCAAGAUUUCCAGCCUCAACAAGAUUGCUGACACAAAAUCCAGUAUUGACAAGAACAUUACCCUUUUGCACUAUCUAAUAACUAUUGUGGAAAAUAAAUACCCCAAGGUUCUCAAUCUAAAUGAAGAAUUGCGGGAUAUUCCUCAAGCGGCAAAAGUAAACAUGACUGAGCUGGACAAGGAAAUAAGUACCUUGAGAAGUGGCUUGAAAGCAGUGGAGACAGAACUGGAAUAUCAGAAGUCUCAGCCCUCGCAGCCUGGAGAUAAGUUUGUUUCCGUUGUCAGCCAGUUCAUCACCUUAGCCAGCUUCAGCUUCUCCGAUGUUGAAGAUCUUCUAGCAGAAGCUAAAGACCUGUUCACCAAAGCAGUGAAGCACUUUGGGGAAGAGGCUGGCAAAAUACAGCCGGAUGAGUUCUUCGGCAUUUUUGAUCAGUUCCUUCAAGCUGUGUCAGAAGCGAAGCAAGAGAAUGAGAACAUGAGAAAGAGGAAGGAGGAGGAAGAGCGGCGAGCUCGMAUGGAGGCACAGCUCAAAGAACAAAGGGAAAGGGAGCGGAAAAUAAGAAAAGCUAAAGAGAAUAGCGAGGAAAGCGGAGAGUUUGAUGACCUCGUUUCAGCUUUACGCUCAGGAGAAGUGUUUGACAAAGACCUUUCUAAACUAAAACGGAAUCGCAAACGCAUUUCCAACCAGGUGACAGACAGCAGCCGAGAGAGACCGGUCACAAAACUUAAUUUUUAAUUUUCCUCAAGUACUUUUCUAAAAAGCUCAGUAGCAGCCCUUUGAAGUGACUAGACCGUUCCAUUACACUGCCUUGCAAUCCAAACAGUGGCAAUUUCCUCCUUCAUCUGUGAGUGUGUGUGGAUGUGUGUGUAUGUAAAUGUAUGUGUAUAUGUAUAUUAAAAAUGUAUAUAGAAGUCUGAGUGUCRUCUGGAGACCUCUAUGUAUGGAUAAAAAUUUUCUGUUAACAUUCGUGCUCAGAAACCCUUUGCAUAUGCAUUCAUAUUGAGUGUGGCUCAUUUUCUUUCCCUGAACACCGUAACUGUUCAGAAGCACAAAACUAUCUCCUAAAAGAGAUGACAGACAUUCCCUAGUAUAAAAAAAAGAAAAAAGAAAAAAAAAAAAAGCUUGUGAAAUAUUUUCCAGUUUCCAAGCUUGCUAUACUUUAAAAUUAUUUUCAUUGGUGAAAAUGGAGUUGGAAGAAUAUAGAUUUAAAAUGGUUUUUGAUAGUUGACAAUGUGGUGUUCCAGCAUCACAUCAGUAAUUGAUGGGAUCAGCUUAAAAUUCCUGAUGUUGAUUUGGGGAUACAGUCUGUAAAUGUUUAUCAAGAACAUCUUGCACACAAUUUGUAUUAUGUAGAAUGUCAAUCAAAAUUCUUUUGUAUAUUUAAAGCUUAAACAUCAGUUUCUCCCCCAAUUUCAUCAAGUUUUCUGCCAAGUGCUCUUGAUGAUUUCUUUAAAUUGCUUUUGGGUAAAAAAAACAAAACAAAACAAAAAAAAAAAACAAAAAACAAGCAGUAUCUAAAUGCAAUCCAUGCCCUUGUUAAUGAACAAGAUUGCCAGAAUGUACCUGUUGUUCUAACAAUAUAGAUAUAUAAAUCUUAGAAAUUUCCACCCAAGACUUAAAGGAAGAAUUCUCUGAAAGGAUAAAGAUUUUUUUAAAAAAAAWUUUUAAUGGGGUGCCUUUUUUUUUUGUCUUUUCUAUUUCUGUUUUGUAGGACAACCUGCAUCUUCUGUAAAUAUAGGUCUGGACUAAAGGACACUUAGAGUGUCACAAAAUAUCAACAUCAGUAGAGAUUCCCAGAUCUAUUUAUCUCUGAGUAUAUUUAAAGUGGUUUGCUGUUAUAUGUUGUCAUUUUAAAUUGUGUGUCAGUAAAGCUACCUGUAAAAUUUCAGUCCAAAAAAAUAAAGCUCUCAGGGAGAAAUGAAUAAAAACAAUGAACAUUAGAAAAUAAAAUAUAGAUGCUUACCAUUAACCUACCAACUUUCAAUAUCCUUAAAUUAUAUGAUAUAUA